AUGCAUGAUCCAUUCCCUAUCCCACCAUGGCAAUGGCUUAGCCAGUCCGUUCAGCCUUUCGCCGACUACUUCCACCUAACUACACUACCUCUCCACAUUCACGAAGUUGUCGGAUCAUUUUUAACAUAUACUUUUAUAAACAAAGUCAUCGCACCCCAAGUUUCCAUGCUCUUGUUCCCCGAGAAGUACUCCAAAUUUUCGGCAGAACGAAAGCUCAACUGGGAUGUACAUGUGGUCUCACUAUGCCAGAGUUCUCUUAUCAAUGUCCUGGCCCUAUGGGUCAUGUUUGCGGAUGAGGAGCGCAGCAACAUGACAGCACAGGAACGUGUUCAUGGAUAUACAGGUGCAGCUGGCAUGAUCCAGGGCCUGGCAACUGGCUACUUCCUCUGGGAUUUGAUGAUUACCCUCCAGAAUCUUAGAGUUUUUGGAAUAGGAAUGCUGGCACAUGCGACGAGUGCUUUAUUGGUUUUCUCGUUUGGCUUUAGACCAUUUGUUAACUUUUAUGGUUGCACAUUUAUUCUUUAUGAACUCUCCUCGCCUUUUCUCAAUUUCCAUUGGUUCUUCGACAAACUCGAUAUGACCGGAUCUAAGCCCCAACUCUACAAUGGAAUUGCCCUCCUCUUUACCUUUUUCUGCUGCCGACUUGUGUGGGGAACAUAUCAGUCAGUUCGUGUUUACCAAGAUGUAUGGAGAUCUAUGCAUAACCAGCCUGCAUUCUCUGCUUCUAUCAAUAUUGAUGCACUCACAAAUGGAACUGCCUCUGCAGUUGAUGCUGCAGCAGGUCACAGUGCGGCUCCACUUAAAAAUGACAUCAUGCGCUUCGCCGACGACGAAUUUAUUCCUCUUUGGUUAGGGCUCACAUAUUUGGGAAGCAAUCUUGUGCUCAAUACUUUGAACUUUUACUGGUUCGGAAAAAUGAUCGAGGCCGUUAGAAAGAGAUUCCAGCCCGCCAAAGAAGGCAGGCAGAAGGACAAGGCUAUUGCCAUGAAGAGCACCGGUGCCAAUGGCAAAGUCAAGAUCAGCGUUGAAGAGAGCGAGGUUCGUAGACGAAAAGGGUUGGACGAAGACGAACCAAUCGCCGCAGUCUCGUAG